AUUAAUUAGUCAAAUCAACCAAUAAACAAAGCUUGUCAAAGUAAAGUAAACGCGAAUGUACUCACGUGUAUUAAGCAAGAUAGAUCUCUCUACAAACCAAAACAGAAACAAAGAAUCAUCAAGUUACAGAGAUGACGUCAUCAUCAUCCGGUAGAGCAUUCCGUCUUCGUUGGGAUGUAUUCUUAAGUUUCAGAGGAGAAGACACACGCGAAUGUUUCACGAAAAAACUGCAUGAAUCACUCAAAAGCCAAGGUAUUCGUGCUUUCAUGGACGACGAAGGUUUACAGCGUGGGGACCACAUAGCACUCAGACUUAUUGAAGCCAUUGAUGAUUCUGCUGCUUCCAUUGUUAUUAUCUCUCCUAACUACGCAGAUUCUGAUUGGUGCCUUAAAGAACUUGCUAAGAUUUUCGAGCGUGGGAGACUUGUUAUUCCUGUUUUCUACAAGGUUGAUCCGUCUCAUGUUAGGAAACAAUCGGGUCCUUUUGAAGAAGGUUUUAGGAUUCUUGAAAAGCGGUUUGGGAAUCAGGAAGGGAAGGUUUGGAGAGAAGCUAUGUCUAAACUUGGUGGAAUUGCUGGUUUGCUUUAUGAUGAUAGUAAUGGUGAUGGAGAGCAUGAUAAUUUGAUACGCCUUUUGGUGCAAAGGGUUUUGAAGGAGUUAAGCAAUACUCCAAUGAAUGUAUCUGAGUAUGCAGUGGGGAUCAAUGAACGUGUUGAGAAGGUGAUGGAUCUGUUAAAAGAUCAAUCCAACAAUGUCAAUGUUUUGGGAUUGUAUGGUAUGGGUGGUGUUGGUAAGACUACACUUGCAAAGGCUCUUUUCAAUAGUCUUGUUGGUCGUUUCGAGCGUCGAUGUUUCCUUUCAAAUGUGAGACAAUUUUCAUCUAAAGAGGAUGGUUUGGUUUCUCUUCAAAGCAAUAUCAUUAAAGAUCUUUCUCAUGAAAAAAGGACUCAUCAGAGUCCUAUCAUUGAUGUUAAUGCUGGUAUUUCUGCUAUCAAAAGAAUAGUUAACGAAAAUCGAGUUCUUCUAGUGUUGGAUGAUGUUGAUGAUGUAAAUCAGCUUGAUGCUUUGAUUGGUAAAAAGGAAUGGUUUUAUAAAGGAAGUUGUAUAAUAAUCACCACAAGAGAUACAACUGUUUUGCCUAAGAGGCAUGUCAAUGAUUUAUAUGAAGUUACAGAACUGUAUCCUGAACAAGCUUUAGAGUUAUUCAGUCACCAUGCAUUCAGUAAAAAGGAGCCACCACCAAAUUUUCUGAAUCUGUCAAAGCAAAUUGUGUCUCUUACAGGGAAAAUGCCAUUGGCUUUAGAAGUGUUCGGUUGCUUUCUGUUUGGUAAAAGGAGGGUGGAGGAAUGGGAGGAUGCUGUUGAGAAGCUGAAAAGAAUCCAGCCAGAGAAUCUUCAUGAUGUGUUGAAGAUAAGUUAUGAUGGGUUGGAUGAACAAGAGAAGUGUAUAUUCCUUGAUAUUGCCUGUUUCUUUAUUCAAACAAAGCGCGGUGAUGUGAUUGAUGUGUUGAGAGGUUGUGGAUUUAGAGGAGAGAUAGCUAUGACAAUCCUUGAAGAAAAAUGCUUAAUCAAAAUAAGGGAAGACAGUACUCUUUGGAUGCAUGAUCAAAUUAGGGAUAUGGGAAGACAGAUUGUUCUAGAUGAAAACCAUGUUGAUCUUGGGAUGCGUAGUAGAUUGUGGGAUCGUGUUGAAAUCAUGUCUGUUUUGAAGAGUAAGAAGGGAACAAGAUGCAUACAAGGAAUUGUACUAGACUUUAAGGAAAGAUCAAAAAAGUUGACUACUACAAGUUAUUCUCAUCCUCAUGCAGAGAAGUACAAUGAGGUAGUACUUAAUGCCAAAUCAUUUGAACCAAUGGUUAACUUGAGAUUGCUCCAGAUCAAUAAUCUGAGUUUGGAAGGCAAGUAUCUUCCAAAUGAACUGAAGUGGCUACAAUGGCGAGGAUGUCCUUUAGAAUCUAUGCCUCUGGACACUUUGCCCCGAGAACUGACUGUCCUUGAUCUCUCAAAUGGCCAGAAAAUUAAAAGCUUGUGUCGAUCAAAAAGUCACACGCAGGUACCAGAGAACCUAAUGGUCAUGAACCUCUCCAACUGCAUCCAACUUGCUACAAUUCCUGAUUUAUCUUGGUGUCUCCAGAUAGAGAAGAUAAAUUUGGAAAACUGCAUUAAUCUAACAAGGAUUCACGAAUCAAUUGGAAGUUUGACUACCUUGCGUAAUCUGAAUAUGACGCGUUGUAGAAACAUUGUUGAACUUCCCAGUGAUGUCUCGGGUCUGAAACAUCUAGAGAGCCUCAUUCUUUCUAGUUGCUCCAAGUUGAAAGCAUUACCUGAAAACAUAGGCAUACUUAAAUCUCUGAAAGUACUUGCUGCUGAUGACACAACUAUAGUAGAGCUUCCCCAAUCUAUUUUUCGCCUGACCAAACUCGAAUCGCUUGUUUUAGACCGUUGCAAAUAUUUGAGAAGACUACCAGAAUGCAUUGGAAAUCUAUGUUCUUUGCAAGAAUUAUCUCUUAAUCAGUCAGGUUUACAAGAAUUACCCAACACUAUUGGAUCCUUGAAAAACCUUGAGAAAUUAAGUUUGAUUUGGUGUGAAUCUCUCACUCAAAUGCCUGAUUCCAUAGGAAAUCUCGUAUCGUUGACAGAACUUUUGGCUUACCACAGUGGAAUUACAGAACUCCCUGCCACCAUUGGUUCACUAUCCUAUAUGAGCAAGUUAUCAGUUGGAAAAUGUAAACUUGUCAAUAAAUUGCCUGACUCAAUUAAAACUCUAGUUUCAAUUAUCGAACUCGAGUUAGACGGAACAUCUAUCAGAUAUCUACCAGAUCAAAUUGGAGAGAUGAAACAACUUAGGAAACUUGAGAUUGGAAAUUGUAGUUAUCUUGAAUCUUUGCCGGAAUCGAUUGGCCACCUAGGAUCUCUUACUACACUGAACAUAGUCAAUGGAAUUAUCAAGGAAUUGCCAGCAUCGAUUGGAUUACUAGACAAUCUUGUUACCUUAAAAUUAAGCAGAUGUAGAAUGCUCAGACAUCUUCCAGCUUCUAUAGGAAACCUGAAAUCUCUAUAUCACUUAAUGAUGGAAGAAACAGCUAUACUAGACUUGCCUGAAAGUUUCGGUAUGCUUUCAAGCUUGAGAACACUAAGAAUGUCAAAGAAGCCUGAUUUAGUUUCCACAUUAUCUGUGGAGAAUAUUGGUUAUUUUGUGAUACCAUCUUCUUUCUGUAAUCUGACCUUGCUACAUGAGCUGGAUGCGCGUGCCUGGAGAUUAUCCGGGAAAAUUCCGGAUGAUUUUGAGAAGUUAUCAUUGUUAGAGACUUUAAAUUUGGGCCAAAACAAUUUUCACAGCCUUCCUUCCAGCUUGAAAGGCCUUUCCGUUCUCAAGAAUCUCUCACUGCCAAAUUGUACGGAACUGAUUUCUCUCCCCUCGCUUCCUUCGAGCUUGAUUGAGCUGAAUGCUGAUAAUUGUUAUGCACUACAAACUAUACAUGACAUGUCAAAUUUAGAGAGUUUAGAGGAGUUGAAACUCACAAAUUGUGAGAAAGUGGUGGAUAUUCCAGGUCUUGAAUGCUUGAAAUCGUUGAGAAGGUUGUACCUAAGUGGUUGCAAAGCAUGUUCCUCCAAUGCAUACCGAAGGCUUUCGAAGGUUGCAUUGAGAAAUUUUCAGAACUUGAGCAUGCCAGGAACCAAGUUACCAGAAUUGUUUUCAGGAGAAACUGUAAGCUUUACCAAGCGCAAAAAUCUUGAGCUAACAAGUGUAGUUGUAGGUGUUAUUUUUUCAAUUAACCAUAACAAAAUGGAAAUUCAAAUGCCUGGGGUGGUUGAUGUUCAAGCAAAAGUUCUCAAACUAGGCAAACUUAUCUACAGUUCAGUGCUAUACAUAGGAGGAGUGCCAAGGACAGAUGAAAAACACAUACACUUGCGAAGGUUCCAAGAUUACCAUCCAUUGGUAUCCAUUUUAAAAGAUGCUGAUACAGUUAGUGUGGCAAAGAGAAGUCCUUCUUUUGAUGAGAGGUUAGAGUUGAAAAAAUGUGGAAUACAUUUAAUCUAUGAAGGGGAUGAUGAUUAUGUGGGAGAUGAAGAAUCGUUGGACAAAGGCCUACAAUCUGUCUCAGAAAGGUUGGCUAGGUUUUUCAACACUAGUGAAUGUGUUAAUGACACUCAGAGUGAAGAUGAUUGUCAACAUGAACUGGAGCAAGAAAAAGAGCAUGGAACUAGAUUACUUCCUGUUAAAGGCAAUUUCAUUCUUCUCAUCCUGCUUAAUAUAUUCUUUGUGCUGUUGAGUUGGUUUUGGUUGAGGUAUUUGUCAAGUGCUGAACGAAGAGAUUGAUACCUACUUCCUAGUUAGAUUUGAUUAUGAUUGCUUUUUUUGUUUUGUUUUGUUUUGUAUAUGAUGACAUGGACAUGCACCAAAUAAUGCUUGAUUAAAAUACUUGCUUGCCCCUUUGGAAUUACUA